AUGAAGAACGUCUUCUCUAGCCUGGCGGUGGUGCUGUCCGCGUUUACAGCUACAUCCUUUGGCCAAGACUAUUUGGUCCAUAUGAUCGAAGACCGCGCGGGCGUGAACUCUUGGAAACCAAAGGCCGGUGAUAGUCGAGGACGGAGUCCAGAUAUCGCGAAGCUGCUGUUAGAACGGAGACUAGGGUGGCCUGAAUCGUCGGCCUUGGUUGGAAAAGUGGAUGAUGAGACUAUACGGGAAUUGAAUCUCUUUGGCGGCCAGCAGGCAUUGCCUUUUACUGAUACCGACAGAGAGCAAGCAUACAAGUUGCUGUUGAUCUUAGAAGGAGUAGACUCUGAAGAAAUUAAAAUGCUGGAGACGGAAUCACCACGCGAUUUUGCCAUUUCAAACCCUCCACCGUUCUACUUAGACGAUUCAAUAUUGUCUUCUUUCAUGUCAGAGAGCUCACAGGACGAUCGUAGCCCGAAUGUCUGUCUAUAUGGUGAAGAGGAACCCUCAUGCACUGGAUUCAUUGCUCUGAGAAGCCGGGAAACUCCCCUUCUUCAGAACGGAGAACUUGGCUCUCUCUUCAAGGCCCUUGCCACUCUCAGCUCUGAUUCCAACGUGGAAUCCACUGUCAUCACUGUUCCCUAUGAUACUUACACCAAGAACAAGGGACAGAAGCGCUCUCCCGCAGACAAAGCUAAGCCGAAGGUGCAUAAAGUGCGUUCCCCCAGCGCUAACCAGGCCGCCCGUGCCGAUGCCACUUCAGCAUCCACGGCCAUACCUGCCAACCCCACUGCACCAUUCCACCUUCCUGUAUGCUAUACCAAGAACGAAACCUGCACUGAGCGUACAAACAGCUGCUCAGGCCACGGAUCAUGCUACCUGAAACGGACUUCAACAAAGAAUUCAACGUCAUCUAGCCAUGAAAACGAUUGCUAUGCUUGUAAAUGUCACCGUACCGUGGUCUCCACCAACAAAGAUGGCAAGACAAAGACUGUUCAGUGGGGAGGCCCUGACUGCUCCAAGAGAGACGUUAGUAUGCAGUUCUGGCUUAUUGGUGGUCUGAGCCUGCUGCUUGUUUUGGGAGUUGGGUACGGAAUUGGAAUGUUGUUUAGCAUUGGAGAAGAGGAGUUGCCCGUUAUAUCCUACUCCAUAACAACCCCAACUAUGGCUCCACCCUUAUUUAGGGCGGAUAUCAAUAUUCACUUUACAGCUCUACUAUUAACGUUUCAAUACAAAUUCCAGAACAUGCGAAUCAACUAA